CAUAUUAGGGUUUCUCACUGAAGUGCCCCGUUUUCUCUCUAAUUUUCUCGACUUUUUCCCCUGAAACCAAAACAGCUAUAGACUGUAAACAUGGUGACCAAACCCUCAAAGUCAGAGAGGAAGAGCAUGUACGACGGGAAGCUGUGCAAGCUUCUCGACAGCUACACUCAGAUCCUGAUCGUCGCGGCCGAUAACGUCGGAUCCAAUCAGCUUCAGAACAUUCGCAAGGGACUGCGCGGGGACUCGAUCGUUCUGAUGGGUAAGAACACUAUGAUGAAGCGUUCCAUUAGGGCUCACGCUGAGAAGACAGGCAACAAAGAUUUCCUCAGUCUCGUUCCCCAUCUCGUGGAUAAUGUGGGUUUGAUUUUUACCAAGGGAGAUCUGAAGGAAGUGAGUGAUGAGGUUGGCAAGCAUAAGGUAGGAGCUCCUGCACGUGUUGGGCUUAUUGCUCCAAUUGAUGUGGUUGUGCCCCCUGGAAACACUGGGCUGGAUCCUUCUCAGACCUCCUUCUUUCAGGUGCUUAACAUUCCAACCAAGAUUAACAAAGGCACGGUUGAAAUCAUAACUCCCGUGGAGCUCAUAAAGAAAGGUGAGAAGGUGGGCUCUUCUGAGUCUGCCCUUCUCUCCAAGCUGGGGAUAAAGCCAUUUUCGUACGGUCUGGUAGUCCUCUCCGUGUAUGACAAUGGCUCAGUCUUCAGCCCAGAGGUGCUUUAUCUGACAGACGACGAUCUGGUUGCGAAAUUUGCUGCUGGAUUAUCCAUGGUUUCGUCCCUAUCACUGGCUCUUUCUUACCCAUCACUUGCAGCUGCGCCGCACAUGUUCAUCAAUGGCUACAAGAACGUUCUGGCUGUUUCUGUAGAAACAGACUAUUCCUACCCUCAGGCUGAGGAAGUGAAGGAGUACUUAAAGGAUCCAAGCAAAUUUGCUGUUGCUGCUGUUCCAGCGGAUGCUGCUAGUUCUGCUGCUGCCCCAGCUGCUGCUGCUGCCGAGGAGAAGGAAGAACCGGCUGAGGAGUCGGAUGAUGAACCAAUCUUCAGCUUGUUUGAUGAAUGAGUUCUCCAUGAUUAGGGUAGUCAGUUGAGCAAGGAGAGAACCGUCACGGUGAACUUUAUUAGUCUAUAAUUUUGGUCUUUCGUUCAGUACCCUUGCAAUUGAAUCUGCUUUUCAAGUGUCCGG